AUGGAUCCCUCUAAUCCCGAGGAACCUUCUUUAAGUCAUGAAGGAGAUCACACAGGAGCGAGUUUGUUGUCUUCUUUCCAGUGCAAUAAACCUCUCACUGAAUACAGAACACUUCUAGUACAGCCGGGAAGUCACUCCCGUGAACGUCCUUUUUCAUGCUCAGAGUGUGGGAAAGGUUUCACUACCAAAGGACACCUUCAUACACACCAGAUCAUUCACACAGGUCAGCGUCCUUUCUCGUGUUCAGAGUGCGGAAAAAGUUUCACUCUAAAAGCGAGCCUUUUCAGACACCAGAAAAUACACACCGGGGAGCGCCCUUUCUCAUGUUCAGAGUGCGGGAAAUCUUUCACCAUAAAAGGAGAGCUAAUUAAACACCAGAGAAAUCACACCGGGGAGCGUCCUUUCCUGUGUUCUGAGUGCGGGAAAUGUUACAAUACGAAAGGAAAUCUUCUAGAACACCUGAGAGUUCACACGGGGGAGCGUCCUUUCUCAUGCCCAGAGUGUGGAAAAAGUUUUACAGUGAAAAGAGACCUUCGUAAUCACCUGAAAAUUCACAAGGGUGAGCGCCCUUUCGCCUGUUCAGAGUGCAGAAAAUGUUUCUAUCGCAAAGCAGAACUUCUUAUUCACCAGAGAAGUCACACGGGUGAGCGGCCUUUCUCAUGCUUAGAGUGUGGGAAAUGUUUCUAUCGUAAAUCAUGCCUUUAUAAACACCAGAAAAGUCACAGCAGUGAACCUUCGUUCUCAUGUUCAGAGUGUGGAAAACGUUUCACCCUAAAAGCAAGCCUUUUCAGACACCAGAAAAUUCACACCGGUGAGCGUCCUUUCUCGUGUUCAGAAUGUGGAAAAUGUUUCACUAUGAAAGUAGACCUUCUGAAACACCAGAGAAGUCACACAGGUGAGCGACCUUUCCCGUGUUCAGAGUGCUGGAAAAGUUUCAGCGACAAAAGAGACCUACUCAAUCACCAGAGAAGUCACACAGGUGAGCGUCCUUUUUCAUGUUCAGAGUGCGGGAAAUCCUUCAUUCUAAAAGGAGACCUUCUUAAUCAUCAGAGUAUUCACACCGGCUGCUAUCCCUUUUCAUGUUCAGAGUGCGGGAAGGGUUUCCAUAAGAAAGGAAAACUUCUUGAACACCAGAGAAUUCACACAGGAGAGCGUCCUUUUUUCUGUUCAGAGUGCGGGAAAUCAUUCACCAUGAAAGGAGACCUUCUGAAACACCAGAGGAUUCACACGAGUGAACGUCCUUUCUCAUGCGCGGAAUGUGGGAAAUCUUUCACUAUUAAAAAAGACCUCCGUAGACACCAGGACACGCACACAGGCGAGCGCCCCUUCUCAUGUUCAGAUUGCGAGAAAGGUUUCUCUAGGAAAGCAGAACUUCUUAGACAUCAAAGAAGUCACACAGGCGAGCGCCCUUUUUCAUGUUUAGAGUGCGGGAAAGGUUUUGCGCAAAAAAGGAGUUUAAUUACACAUCAAAUCACACACACGUCUGCUGAUGCUUUUGAGAAAUU